AUGGCGACGACGACGACGACGGCGCGGGCGUCGUCGACGUCGGCGUCGCGACGAUGGACGCGCGGGGAGGGGCGACGCGAGAGCGUCGUCCGGGCGUUCGCGUCCGAGGAUGGUGAAAACGCGGCGAAGCGGUCGGAGAUCGCGCUCGCGGACGUCUCGCGCGGACGGAGGAUUGGAAGCGGGUCGUUCGGGGACGUGUUCGAGGGCGCGCUCGCGAACGGGCGGGCGGUGGUGCUCAAGGAGCCGCGACGGGGGGUGCUGGGAAUGUUUAGUUCGGAGCGAUUCUUCGUCGCCGAGGCGGAGAAUAAUCGCAGACUGCGAGGAUGCGCGUCGGUGGCGACGUUUCUGGGCGUCGCGGGGGCGAACGCGUAUCUGGUGUGGGCCGAAAGACGCUGGAGGAGGCGUUCGGGACGUCGUUCGCGACAGAGCUGGGAUCUUCACGGAAGACAGAUGAUUCAUAGGGACGUGAAACCGAACAAUCUGUUGAUUGUGAAGGGCGGGAAACUCAAGCUCAUCGAUCUCGGCGGCGCCGCCGACUUGAAGACGGGACGAAACUACGACGAAGAUGAGACGGUGUUCGACCCAGUCUACGGACCGCCCGAGCGAUAUCUGAGCGGGAACUACUCCGGUUUCGCCGGGGUGGGCAGUUGGGCCAAGUUUAAGCCGGAUCUCUUCGACGCGUUCUCGUGCGGGCUGACGAUUUUACAAGUGAGCGUUCCCGCGUUCAGGAAAAAGGGCGGCCUGAACGGCGUUCGUCGCGAACUGAAGAGAUGGAACUACGACUGCGAGGCGUGGAGGGCGAGUCUGUCGGCGCAGAGACAGUCUGAAUACUUCGAGAUUCUGGACGCGAACGGUCAGGCGGGUUGGAAGCUCGUGUGCGGUCUCGUCGCGGAACGCGACUCUCGCAUGUCGGUCGCCAAGGCUCUGAGCUCGCCCUUCUGUCGAUAG